UGGAAAUCACGUCUUCCAAGCCCAAGAUGAAGGCCAGUCCCGAAUCCCUCUUCGGCUCCUCAUCGCCAUCCGGCAGCGAAGGGUCUCUCUCUCCCAUCGCAGUCAGUCGCGGCUUCCUCUAGCCCUCCUCACUGGUGACGCCAAGACCGGAUCCACGCCGUGGGAGGUGUCCACCGUCGGCAACCUGAGGAGCCUCGCCACCUCGAGCCUCAACUCGCUCAAGCAUAGCCUCGAUGCGCUCCAUGGCCACUCCGCCCGUGACCUCGAGGCCUCCCACUUCCGAAUCUCCAAGCGCAUCAAGAUGCAGAUGCAGAGCUCCCUGGAGCUGGUGGAGAAGGAGCAUAGGAAGAUGUUCGAGAAGAUCACCGAGCGUACUGAGGAGAUGAAAAAGUUGAUGACAGAGGUGCAGAGCUCCCCGCAGUUGGCGGAGGAGCAUAGGAAGAUGUUCGAGAAGAUCCCCGAGCAUGCCGAGGAGAUGAAGAAGUUGAUGACAGAGGUGCAGAGCUCCCUGCAGCUGGCGGAGAAGGAGCAUAGGAAGAUGUUCGAGAAGAUCGCCGAGCAUGCUGAGGAGAUGAAGGUACACUCAUUCGAUUCCACGGUUGAUCAAGUGUUGGUUGUGAGUGCUACAGUUUAUCUGGAAAUAAUUCCUGUCUGUGAAAUUACAAGAAGUUGAUGACAGAGGUGUAGUUGUCUUCAUCUCGAGGUACUGCAGCGAGCAAACACAGACAUCUUCGAACUUUAGUUCAAUUAUUUACUAACUUGGUUGGCACCGAUCAGUUUGCAAGGUGACCUUACCUGAGAUGGCAAAGUCCGUAGCCAGAGUUAUUGAUGGCUUGCGCAGUCGCUACAACAUCCCACCUACGCGAGUUUAGCAUAGCUCUCUUAGUUGGAUACCAAAGUGUUGUGGUUCAUUGGGUCCAUCUCCUCCUUCGCCAUCUACUACGGCACCUGUGUGGUCUCCGAGUCAAUGCUCUCCGCCCAUUCGUGCCAUCUUCGUCGGUUGCUCCUGUCCUGCACAAGGUCAUGCACAACAUGUGCCUUGCCGGAUGCCUUCGAUGCCCACUCUUGAUCAGGUUUGUCAUGCAGCACCUGAUCGAUGCACCAAACUACAAAGGGCUCAGUGGUGGACUGAUGGGGAGGAUGCAUCGAUGCGGAUUGCGGAAGGUCAUUACAAAGGAAUUCUAGGGGAAUCGUACCAAGGAUCCUGCACAAUGCGAGCCUUGCUAUUGUAUGCCUUCGAGACAUCGAGGCUACAGUAAAGAUGGAGUUAUUUCUUUCAGGAAGGUAACCUCUUGUUUUGGGUACUGCAGUUUUCUUGAAGCUACCUAGCUAGGUAUAAUGAAGAUGAUGGGUUCGCUUCAGCAUAAUUUCCGUUUCAGUUAUUGAGUUCUUUGAAGGCUACAACAAUUAUAAUAUGAACCAGUUGUGAAUCUCUCAUUUGUUUUGAUUAGUUCUAAGUUGUUCUGUGGCAUACAAUUUCAGACUGGGUGGUCUUGAAGUAAAGUUACACACAUUACUUCUAUUAGGUGUAUGCAUACUUGUGCGUGUGAUUACAAUGGAAGUGCACAUACAUGAAUUUUUUAGUGGUCCCCACUAACUGAAAGCAUAUUGUUGGAGUAAAAGCUCUCCACUACAGUUCCAUCCAUAAGAAAAUAACAAACAUGCAAAUAUUCAAGAACUUAUGGUGUCAUUCCUUGCUACUGAUCAGAAAAAAAUCUCACAAUUAUAGAGUAUUUUCAAGCAUACCAAAUUAUAUGGUUGUGUACAUUGAGACCACAUAAACCAUAUAUGAUGGAUUUUUUGCCAUAGUGUUAAGAAAUAGCAUCACAGUUAGAAACUAUUUUGAAGCAUACCAAAUUAUAUAAGUUUGCCGGCAUCUAUUAGGUGUAUGUUGUCCUUUCAGCGAUUUAGGCAUACUGUAGACACACAUAGUUCGUAGGAAAAGGAACAUGCUAUUGCUCAUCACUGUAAGUAUUGUACGCAAGAUAAAUUUGCAUCAUGUAGGUAGUGAAUACUCUAAUCAUGAUCAAGUUCCCUAGGCACUUCUUGUACAAGCACCAUCUGCUAUGAAAUCUUUAGAGUUUUUUAUGACACAAUUUAAGCACCAUGUGAGCGAAUGAGGAAUGCUAGCGCUAGCAGCUACUGCGAGCCGCAGUGGACAGCGGUAGCAGCGGUGGUCAGCCGGACAACACAAUGUCGGCGGCAGGCGGAUAGUGGCAAGCAGCCCUACCGGUAGCUGCUGCUGUUAGAAGAAUUGACGACUAGAGCAUGUUGUCUUAAUUUGUUCUCUGUUCCUAUAGGAGGAUUCAAUUCCAUUAACUGUUCAAACAGAAAUGAUUCCAUUAGGGAGCUGUCUACUUUGUGAUCUACUGUCAUUCUUCUCUGUCCAGACUAACAAUUGGAUGUAGUUCUUUACGUAUUUAUUAGUGCAAUUUUCUUGUCAUUGUUUUAAAGAUCGCAUAUGUAUAUGUGUGACUAGAGGUUAUGACUUAUAAGUGUUUCCGUUGAUUCGGGAAAUGCAAGUAAGGUGUACGUGUUAGUUUCCAGUGUUCAUUGUAAUUUCCUUGUCUUGGACGUAAUUUAUCUCAAUUUAGAUAUGAGAUAUUGGACUUUGAUUCUGCUUUGAAUUUAUUAACGCUCUAGAGUCCACCCUACCUAAAAAAAUCGCCCUCAGCCACUGAUGUACAUCACAACUCUACCUUGGAAGUAUAUAUAAGUAUGGUGUACAGUGCACACAAACGAGGACUACGGCCUAUGGAAUAUGUGUUCCUGGACCUGCUGCCAUGUCAAGUCAUGAGAGAUUUGAUCAAAACAUGUUUCAGGUAUAUUCACCAUGAAUUUUUUAUUAUUAAUUUGAUGAGAUCGAUUACUUCUGCUACCAUUUGAUUCUGUAGGAAGGAUACAUACAACGAUUUUGCUGAGGCAAUGGAUCUGGAAGAGAUGGGGGUACUUGUUCAUGUGUCAUGCUCGUUUAAGAGCCUCAUUGCUUAUUCCCAUAAAAUCUUGUUCAGGAGCCCAGCAGCAGAUAGAAAAGAUGACAUGGACCACGAUAAAGAUUUAAGAAUCUUUCAGUUCAAAUGUCUCUCCUGCAACCAUUGUUUCUAGAGUAGAUAGCUCUGAUGACUUAAGGGUGUCACGGGCUAAUGGUGCUGAGCCCCCAAAAUGUAUUGUAGUCAAUGGAUAUUUCUGAUAAAAAUAUUAGUUAUCGAGUGAUGA